UCCCCCAAAACUCCGGACACAGCGUUAAGCAGCACUUCCGGCGCGCGGUUGACGUCACGGAAGCGACCGAGCCAAACGCUAACAGCAAGGAAUCUUAAUUUGCAGCGAAUCCUUGAUAUCUGCCCACAUUUGGCCCCUCCAAUUGGUCUCCCCACUUCAUCUGAUGCUUCCCGCCAUCCUCCGCUGCGCUCGUCCCAUCUCCUCCGUUCUGUCCUUCCCCCGUCCUCUGUCUCAUCUCACAGCCCGCAUGGACCCCCAGCGUCCCGUGGAGGGGGCCAUCAGGGCCAAACUGACAGAUGCCUUCCAGCCGGCCCACCUGGAGGUGCACAACGAAAGCCACAUGCAUGCUGUGCCCCCCGGCUCCGAAUCCCAUUUCCGCGUCUUGGUGGUCAGCUCGCGGUUUGAGGGUGUAGCUCUGCUACAGCGCCACCGUCUGGUCAACGAGGCAUUAAAGGCAGAGCUGAAUGGUUGCGUUCACGCGUUGGCCAUUCAGGCUAAGACGCCGGAGCAGUGGGGGAGCGACCCGGCCCUGGCGAAGAGCCCUCCAUGCUUAGGGGGGUCCCGGGGAGACCACACUAUGGAGGACAAACUGAAGGCUGGUCGUUGACGAGGACGCUUCCUGUUGGACAUCAUGCGCUUGCUCUUGGACUUCUCGCUCCCAUUUUCUCAUGUAUAUUUUGAACUUAAAGAUAGGCCAAGUGGAACCUGUUUGUGGCAUUUUGACAUUCUAAUAAAAUGAU